AUGGCAGACCUUCACAGCCCUCCCAACAACACCAUGCACGAGAUCGUCAAUGCCGUGACCACCGUCAUAGAGGACAAGCGUGUGCUCUGCAUAUCCUUCGUGCUUCUCGGCGCCUUCUUUGGCUUCCUCAUCUGCAUCGUCGGCAUUGACAUGUUGGCCAAGUACCGUAGCGGUGAGCUUCGCGACGACCUGCGGAGGAUCAAGAACUGCCUCGUCCUCGUACUCAAAGCAAUUCCCAUACUGUUUGUCACACUCUUGGCCAAAACCGCCAGAGUAAUCUCCUGCAGGAAGGCUGAGCCCAGAGAGAUCGACAUCGAGGCCGCAGCUGAAUGUACCCGCAUGACGCAGGCCAUUGUUGAGCGCCUGGCCGCCAAAGCUUCAAGCCCCAACACGACUCUAAGCAACGGCUCCCUCGGUAGUAACCCUGGUACUAGCAACUGA